ACUGUAGCGAGGCAAAGAAAGAAGGCAGGCGGAGCGUGGGCGAGAGGAAAGAACCGGGGCGGUCGUUACGAUAAAGAAAAGCGCUUGGAGAAGAGGUCGCCGCCUCCUCCCUUUUCAUAUUUGCUUAUUUCUCUCUUCCUCCAGUUUCAAUUCUGGCGCCGGCCAACACCAUGGCGAGAAGAAGAGUCGCGUGUCUGAAUUCGUAACCCCAAACCGAAAAAUCAAAUUCCAGUUCGAAUAAAUCUCACGCUGUUCUAUUCUAUUCUAUUCUAUUCCCUCCAGAAUCUCCUCCUCCUCCCUCCAAUUCCAAUCUCGCCGGAGCUCUCCGGUAUCUGAUUCCUCUCCCCUCCGUCUCUUGUUUCGCUUUGCCUCUCCGUUACCGCUCCUGCAUCUUCCGUUCUCUUCUGCUCUUCGUUCGACAGAGCCAUGCCUACAUUUAGUGCUAUAGCGUUGGACAGGUUGUUAGAACCUGGAGCUUCUAAAUCCGUUGACAAGUCUACUCCACCCAGCGGCUACCUAGUUGCAAAGCCAAAACCUCCUCCACCUCGUCCCUCGUUGCACAGGAGAAACAGCACCUCAAUCACAGAGAGGAGUCCUCAUCGCCCUCAGCUAACCCCUUCACUGUAUACAACUCCUGAAGCAACUCCUGUUCCUCCUAGUUCUCCCACUUCUUAUACCUCCUCACCCUAUAUUAUCAACCACAAGCGAAGGGGCCCACGUCUUUCGAAGAGCGCUUCUGUAGAUAACAUUGCAUCUCAGAGAAAGGCCUUAGAUAAAGACGAAGCUGAGGGGAGCUCGAAGAGUGCUGAAUCUCAGGUGGAUGAUGUAGCUAGGGAGAAGCCUGCUGCUUUGGCUCGCUUGGACUUUGACAAAGCAGAACUUAAGACGGUGAUUCCUGAGAUUUCCAAGGAAAAGGAGCUUCCUAAUGGCAUCCGCAAUAUGUCUCCUAAAGCGUUGCAAAUCAAUGGUCACCAUGAGGGUGCAAAAGCGAGGAGUAAUGGGAAAGCUGGAAGUACUAACUUGAGGCAUGGCAUUCUGAAGGACAAUGAUAGUUCAGGUGCACGAGAUAGCGAUAUUGAGGACUUUUUUGACCCACAGGAAUCAAUGAGUCAUGCUAGCAACACCGACAGUGAAGAUAAUGUUGGAUCUUCUGCUAUGCAAAAUAGCAGUGUGCAAAUGGCGGAGUUUUUUGAUGCUUGGGAAGAACUUUCGUCUGAAAGUGGGAUACAGUCUGCUCUCCAUGAUUUUCAAUCUGAACUAGGGGGAACAAGAUUGAGUUUGUUGAUGGAGAUAGAGAAGCGUAGGCAAGCGGAGGACGCACUGAAAACCGUGGAAAGCCAAUGGCAGAGAAUCAGGCAACAAUUAGCUCUUGCAGGAUUGACUGUUCCGCGUUGUCCCAUUGAUGUGGCUGAGAGUGAUGAACCAAACAGUACUACUGAUCCUGCAGAGGAGCUGUGCCAGCAGCUCGAUGUAGUUCGCUUUGUAUCCAGCUCUAUUGGACGGGGCAUUGCAAGAGCUGAGAUGGAGGUGGAGAUGGAAGCACAGCUAGAGGCGAAGAAUUUUGAGAUUGCACGAUUAGUUGACCGACUUCGUUAUUAUGAGGCUGUGAAUCGAGAAAUGUCUCAAAGGAAUCAAGAAGCUGUAGAAAUGGCUCGAAGGAAUAGGCAGGUGCAGAAGAGGAGGCAAAGGUGGGUGUGGGGUUCAAUCGCUGCUGCGAUUACUCUUGGCACUGCAGCCCUAGCAUGGUCGUACCUUCCACCGAGAGACGGAUCAGCAGCUUCAACCUCCAGCAGCUCCGUGGAAAUUGAGCAGCCUGAUAGUGCAUCUUCAGAUUGAACCAUCCUGCCUAGUCAGUGUUCUAUAUCAAUCAUAGAAGAAUAAGGUGGUUGUAUAUGACGUGGCACCGAUACAUCAGCGACCUCACUUGCAGCAGAAGCAUUUUCCUGCCUGCGGAGAUUGCAAAUCACUUGAUAAUUUCCAAAUUAUACCGUAUUACACAGCCAUAUCCGUUGUGGCAAGGCAAUCCAGAAAAAGCCGUAAAUGUUUUUGGUUUUGGUCAGUGAUUAUAUGUCAUAUUGGGAUUUCUCCUACUCAGCUACACUUCCCCCUAUUGAACUAGCUGAUUGCUAGCACAGAUUUUGUGUCCGUUCUGCUAGGUUAGUCUUUUCCUAAUUCGAUUCAUUUCCGGCACAAACACUAUUUUAGAGAUGAGUGUAGAAAUACCAGUUCCAUGGGGCAGGUGGUUUUUGCGUAUUGAGGGGUUCUUGCCGGACUGAGUAUUUGCAUUUUCUCUGAAAUGGCUCUAUGUCUUCCUCUCUUUAGGCUUCUAGACCGAACUCCCUUCUCAACAUUCACUAGAAUCUAUACCCACGGUUACGCCGCGAGCUCUAAAUUUUUUAUAGCAUGAUCAUGUGGUAGGCAGUUCAGUUGAUGGCAAACUGAGUUCGUUGUAUUAUUGUCGGUGGUCUGAAUUUAGGAGUAUUGGAAGUUUGGUUGGCGGACCUACAACAAAUAAUUAUCACAAUAAUAUUCCCUUUGGAGGAAAGAUGAGUAAAUAGCACAGAAUGGCUUGAGACCUUCAGCAGGUAACCUAGCUGCAAAGGUGACAGCAUGUUGCUCGGUGAUCCCCACUUCAAAGCAUCGAUAGGUCAUAGGGAACUUCUUUUAGAAAUAGUUGAGAACAGUCCCGCCACCCAUUCAGCAUGAAUAGCUACUAUCUUGUUGUCCGCCUCAGCUUCUUUGACUAAUGAUUCAGCAAAGUAUCGUGUGUAUGGAAGGGUAAAGGAUUUCAGCUUGAAAAGCUGCCCUGUUAGCAAACUUCACCACUCAAUAUAAAUCAAAAGAGAUCAUGUAGGGCUUGGUAGAUAGCUUCUACGAACAACCUCUUCUUUGCACCAAUGCCUUCUACUUCACCUGCAUCUGAAAAAUUCACUUCAGCUCGUACCAAAGCAGAAACACAAACUUUCCACGAAUUAGAAAAACCAUCAUUGGCGUUCUCUGCAGGUGCAAUGUCGACUGACCUCAAACUUGCAUUGCCUUUGGUUGUACAUCUAAGCAAAGAGCAUGAUUGAUAUAAAAAAUAAUUAAACCAAGAGUGAGCAGAUUACCAAGAUAGUUUCUCAUGACUGUACACAUGACUCGAAAUGAGACCAUUUAUCACCAAGAUGACAUACUCCACCGAUCUGCUCUUCUUGAAUAUAUGCAAACCAGCAAUAUCAUCAUCUUCAGGGUGAGCAGCACCUUCACAAAAAUUGGCUAUUGACACAAAAGGAUCCAUUAAGAGGAUUGGAAAUCUCAAUCUGUUGCAUAUGAAGGCUGGGGUAAGUACAAAACCAAGGAAAGUAAUUUUAAAAAAACUGCAAUCCUCAAAUUGAGUCGGCAGUAACUCACCAUGCUAUCUUGCAACGGCCAAAUAUCUGUAGAGAAUGGGAAAUCUCAAACAUGCAAAGGUAUAAGAGAAGAUAAUCACAACAAUGAAGCACAAAGUCCCUAGAACCAACAAAAGAAUUGAAGCCACUAAAAAUAUGAACUUGAAAGCCCCAAGAAGAAGCUUAUUCAGAACAAAUUGGGUCGUUUGCACGAUCAUCAAUAGGGACAGCAAGCACCCUCACCCGAGGAAUUGGCAUCCGCCUAUCUUUCCACCACCUGAGGAAUUCCUCCAUUGUGGGCUCGAUGCUCGGUGACUGAGAU